UCUGCAUCCAUAACCGCCUCAGUUUUCCUCUGCCUGUCCCCACUUGAACCUAGUAGUGAGAACAAAUCUAUCCUCAAAAUUACAACUACCUUGCUGAAGUCGCAAUCACGUUAAUUUCGUAUUCUGGAAGAUCCCAACUGUCUGCAAACCUCGGCCCGAUGAACCUCUUCAACUCUGCGAACAAGGCCCUGAUCACCUGCCUCGCCGGCCCAUCGAGCUUUUCUGCUCGUCAAUACGGAUCAUCGGCGACUCGCGCUGCCUCGUCUCUCGCCGGCAAGAGCACAGCUGUACCUGGAUACGGACACUUCACCUCGCCCUUGAGAAAAGUCCACUUGGAUUAUCACUGCGACAGCGUAGCGCAAAGGGGUCUCCGAGCCUUCAUCCGGGACGAUCUCGUAGAGGUAGCAAAGGCAAAUCCAGACGUCGAAUUCGUCGUUCGACGGCUCAAGCAGGGAAAGGCCGCUCUCCUUCGAGGACAUUACGUGAAUGGCAGGGACAAGGUCGUUUGCGUGAACAGCCUCGACAGGCAACAAGUAGCCAACAAGCUCGAACUGAUUCUAUCAUCAGGCGGCGGCAAGAUCAAGCACCUCAAGAACAUCCAGUUGGAAGCUGGUCCGGGUGCAGAGUCGGCGAGAGGUGUCUGGAGUGGGAUCCAUUCGGAGAUCAGUGGGGAGGGAUACCGUGUAUAGGCAUAUCUCCUCAUAUUUGUCGCUCGUGAGAUAUCGAUGAACUUUAUGUAAAUGUGUGUGUAUAGAAGAAGAGGAUGAUGCCAUCGAGCACACGAAGUUUCCCAGCUUCUGCUACAG